AUGCAGGCUCACAUCCACAUGCUGGGGUCUCUGCAGCCAUUCUGCUUCCUGCUCUUCCACUCCUGUGGGACCCUGGGUACCAACCGGCUCCCAAGGCUGGGGAGGGUGGUCUUCUGGGAGAAGGAAGCCAGGUCCCUGCAGGUGGUAGUGAGCACCUUCUGUGCUCUGUCCCCAGCACUCCACUUCCCCUCGACACCCUGCUCAGGGAUGACCUUCGGCGUCGUGCUCCUUCUGGGUGUCCUGGCUUCUUAUCAUGGAUUCAACCUGGAUGUGGAGGAGCCCACGAUCUUCCAGGAGGAUGCAGCUGGCUUUGGACAGAGUGUGGUGCAGUUUGGUGGAUCUCGACUCGUGGUGGGAGCCCCCCUGGAGGUGGUGGCGGCUAACCAGACGGGACGUCUGUAUGACUGCGAGGCUGCCACCCAUGUGUGCCAGCCCAUCCGGCUGCACAUGAGGUCCCACGUGUCUGCCCUCGAACUCUGCCCCGAGGCCGUGAACAUGUCCCUGGGUCUGACCCUGGCAGCCUCCACUCACCUCUUCUGGCUUCUGGCCUGUGGCCCAACUCUGCACAGAGCCUGUGGGGAGAACUUGUACUCAAAGGGUUCCUGCCUCCUGCUGGGCUCUCACUGGGAGAUCAUCCGGACAGUCCCUGAUGCCCUGCCAGUGCAUCCACAUCAAGAGAUGGACAUCGUCUUCCUGAUUGACGGCUCUGGAAGCAUUGACGAAAAUGACUUUAACCAGAUGAAGGGCUUUGUCCAAGCUGUAAUAGACCAGUUUGAGGACACUGAUACCCUGUUUGCACUGAUGCAGUACUCAAACCUCCUGAAGAUCCACUUCACUUUCACCCAAUUCCGGACCAGCCCAAGCCCACAGAGCCUGGUAGAUCCCAUCGUCCAACUGAAAGGCCUGACAUUCACAGCCACGGGCAUCCUGAAAGUGGUGACACAGCUAUUUCAUCAUGAGAAUGGGGCCCGCAGAAGUGCCAAGAAGAUCCUCAUUGUCAUCACAGAUGGGCAGAAGUACAAAGAUCCCCUGGAAUACAGUGACGUCAUCCCUCAGGUGGAGGAAGCUGGCAUCAUCCGCUACACCAUUGGGGUGGGAAACGCCUUCCAGAAACCCACCGCCAGGAAGGAGCUGAACACCAUCGGCUCAGCUCCUCCGCAAGACCAUGUGUUCAAGGUAGACAACUUCGCAGCCCUCGGAAGCAUCCAGCAGCAGCUGCAGGAGAAGAUCUUUGCAGUCGAUGGAACCCAGUCCAGGACAAGCAGCUCCUUCCAACACGAGAUGUCCCAAGAAGGCUUCAGUGCAGCCCUCACAAUGGAUGGCCCCAUCCUGGGGGCUGUGGGGAGCUUCAGCUGGUCUGGAGGUGCUUUCCUGUACCCCUCAAAUAUGAACCCCACCUUCAUCAACAUGUCUCAGGAGAAUGUGGACAUGAGAGACUCUUACUUGGGUUACUCCACCCAGCUGGCCCUGUGGAAGGGGGUACAGAGCCUGGUCCUGGGGGCCCCCCACUACCAGCACACCGGGAAGGCUGUCAUCUUCACCCAGGUGUCCAGGCAAUGGAGGAUGAAGGCCGAGGUCACAGGGACCCAGAUAGGCUCCUACUUUGGGGCCUCCCUCUGCUCUGUGGACAUGGACAGUGAUGGCAGCACUGACCUGAUCCUCAUCGGGGCCCCCCAUUACUAUGAGCAGACCCGAGGGGGCCAGGUGUCCAUGUGCCCCUUGCCCAGGGGGAGCGUGCGGUGGCAGUGUGAUGCUGUUCUCCGAGGGGAGCAGGGCCACCCCUGGGGCCGCUUUGGGGCAGCCCUAACAGUGCUGAGGGACGUAAAUGGGGACAAGCUGACGGAUGUGGCCAUCGGGGCCCCGGGAGAGCAGGAGAAACUGGGUGCUGUCUACCUGUUUCCCGGAUCCUCGGGAUCCAGCAUCAGCCCCUCCCACAGCCAGCGUAUCAUGGGCUCCCAGCUCUCCCCCAGGCUGCAGUAUUUUGGGCAGGCGCUGAGCGGGGGUCAGGACCUCACCCAGGAUGGACUAGUGGACCUGGUGGUGGGGGCCCGGGGCCAGGUGCUCCUGCUCAGGAGUCUGCCGGUGCUAAAAGUAGGGGUGGCCAUGAGAUUCAGCCCUGUGGAGGUGGCCAAGGCUGUGUACCAGUGCUGGGAAGAGGGGCCCAGCACCCUGGAAGCGGGGGAGGCCAACGUCUGUCUCACCAUCCACAAAAGCACAUUCGACCAGCUAGGUGACAUCCAAAGCUCCAUUGGGUAUGAGCUGGCACUGGACCCAGGCCGUCUGACUUCUCGUGCCAUUUUUGGGACCAAGAACCAAACUUUGACUCGAAGAAAAACCCUGGGACUGCGGGUUCACUGUGAAACCCUGAAGCUGCUUUUGCCAGAUUGCGUGGAGGAUGUAGUGAGCCCCAUCAUUCUGCACCUCAACUUCUCCUUGCUGAGAGAGCCCAUCCCCUCCCCCAAGAACCUUAGCCCCAUGCUGGCUGUGGGCUCACAAGUCCUCUUCACUUCCUCUCUCCCCUUUGAGAAGAACUGUGGGCAAGAUGACCUCUGUGAAGGGGACCUGGGUAUCACCCUCAGCUUCUCAGGCCUGCAGACUCUGACUGUGGGGCAGUCCCUGGAGCUCAACAUGAUCGUGACUGUGUGGAACGCGGGUGAGGAUUCCUAUGGGACUGUGGUCAGCCUCUACUACCCAGCUGGGCUGUCCCACCGACGUGUGUCCAGAGCCCAGCAGCCCCAUCCAUGUGCCCUGCGCCUGGCAUGUGAAGCAGUGCCCACUGAGAAUGAGGGCCUGAGGAGCAGCCACUGCAGCAUCAACCAUCCCAUCUUUCAUGAGGGCUCUAAUGGCACCUUCAUAGUCACAUUUGAUGUCUCCUACACGGCCACUGUAGGAAACAGGAUGCUGAUGAGGGCCAGUGCAAGCAGUGAGAACAAUAAGGCUUCAAGCAGCAAGGCCACCUUCCAGCUGGAGCUCCCAGUGAAGUACGUGGUCUACACCAUGAUCAGCAGGCAGGAAGAAUCCACCAAAUACUUGAACUUUUCAACCUUCAAUGAGAAGAAAAUGAAAGAGGUGGAGCAUCGAUACCACGUGAAAAACCUCAGCCAGCGAGGUCUGGCCAUCAGCGUUAACUUCUGGGCUCCUGUCCUGCUGAACGGUGUGGCUGUGUGGGAUGUGGUCGUGGAGGCCCCAGCCCAGAUUCUCCCCUGUGUAUCAGAGAGAAAACUUCCCCAGCAUUCUGAUUUCCUGACCCAGAUUUCCAGAAGUCCCAUGCUGGACUGCUCCAUUGCUGGCUGCCUGUGGUUCCGCUGCGAUGUCCCCUCCUUCAGCGUCCAGGAGGAGCUGGACUUCACCCUGAAGGGCAACCUCAGCUUUGGCUGGGUCCGCCAGAUGUCGAGGAAGAAGGUAUCAGUCGUGAGUGUGGCUGAAAUUACAUUCGACACAUCGGUGUACUCCCAGCUUCCGAUACAGGAGGCAUUUAUGAGCACUCAGGUGGAGACCGUACUAGAAGAAUACGAGGACUACAGUGCCAUCCCCCUCAUCAUGGGCAGCUCUGUGGGGGGUCUGCUGCUGCUGGCGCUCAUCACAGCCGCACUGUACAUGAGUGUUUAAUCCCGCUCUUUUUUUUUCCUUUUGUUGAGAUGGAGUUUCCACUUGUUGCCCAUGCUGGAGUGCAGUGGUGCAAUCUCAGCUCACUGCAACCUCUGCCUCUCGGGUUCAAGUGAUUCUCCUGCCUCAGCCUCCUGAGUAGCUGGGAUUACAGGCGUCCACCACGAUGCCCAGCUAGUUUUUUGUAUUAUUAGUAGCUACAGGGUUUCACCAUGUUGGCCAGGCUGGUCUCGAACAUCUAUCCUCAGGUGAUUCACCUGCCUCGGCCUCCCAAAGUGCUGGGAUUACAGGCAUGAACCAACUCGUCUGGGCUUAUCCCACUCUUGACACCACCAGAGUCCAACCCAAGCCCUCCUACAGAUAGGGUGGUAUAGUGAGAACUCAGGUACUGUGGAGGCAGGCAGGCCUGGACACACAUUUUGGCUCUAUCAUGUACUCACUGUUUAAUGUUAGGCAAGUUGCACCAAAUCUCUUGAUCUGUUUCUCUCUCUCUCUCUUUUUUUUUUGUCUCAGUCACCCAGGCUAGAGUGCAGUGGUGCAAUCUUGGCUCACUGCAAUCUACACCUCCUGGGUUCAAGAGAUUCUCAUGCCUCAGCCUCCCAAGUAGCUGGGACUACAGGCACACACCAUCCUAUACAGCUGGUUUUUGCAUUUUUAGUAGAGACAGGGUUUCACCAUGUUGGCCAGGCUGGUCUCAAACUUCUCACCUCAUGUGACCCACCUACCUUGGCCUCCCAAUGUGCUGGGAUUACAGGUGUGAGCCACUGCAUCCGGCCGUUUCUCAUUUUUGAAAUGAUAAUAUCAUAGAGUGGCUGCUUAUAUUGUAGAGUGGCUGAAGUGAGACAGAGAGGCCAGGGCAUGUGCACAGAGCAGCCUGCAUCUAUGCUGUCCUGCUACGGUCAUCUGUGUAUCUACUGUGUUCGGGGUCAGCAGAUACUUGAUGUAUGAUAACUGUUGUUCACAUAAAUGUUCUCGCACACAAACAUGUUAGCUUAGUUGUCGUCUCCUCCUCUCUCUCAGCUUCUUCUUACUCCCAAUUUUCUUCCCUGCCCUCUUCCCCAGCUUUUCUUUCUUUCUUUUUUUUUGGUAUGGAGUCUUGCUCUGUCGCCCACGCUGGAGUGCAAUGGCACAAUCUCGGCUCACUGCAACCUCCACCUCCUGGGUUUAAGCAAUUCUGCCUCAGCCUCCUGAGUAGCUGGGAUUACAGGCGUGUGGCACCACACUGGGCUAAUUUUUGUAUUUUUAGUAGAGACGGGGUUUCACCAUGUUGGCCAGGCUAGUCUCGAACUCCUGACAUCAGGCGAUCCACCUGCCUCAGCUUCCCAAAGUGCUGGGAUUAUAGGUAUGAGCCACCAUGCCCAGCCUUACCCAGCUUUUCUAAUUUACUUUCCCUGAUAGCUUGGCUUCUUCAAAUGCCACUACAAGGAAACCCAAAUGUGGCUUUGUCCUAAUAAUCCACUUUUCUGUUCAUCUCUACCCCUGUGAGCUGGUCUUCCUUGCACCCAUAAAUCAACUUACAUGGAAACAACUUCUGCAUAGAUCUGCACUGGCCUGAGCAACCUACCAGGUGCUAAGCACCUUCUCAGAGAGAUAGAGAUUCUAAUAUUUUUACAUGUCUGUCCACCAUUUUCAGCGAUGACCCACUUUUUACAGAAGCAGGCACGGUACCGACAUAAAAUUUUAUAUGUAUAAGAAAUAUCACAUGAAAUGAGGAUGUUUAUAGAACGCUUUCCUUGCAUGGGAGAGUUCUAACCCAAGGACCUGAGUGACAGUCUGGGAAUAGUUGGGGAAACCUAUGUGUAAGCAUUGAAAAAGUUCUCUCACUUUCUAUGGCAACGGAUGCCUGAGGUCGUCUUUUCUUUUUCUGUUUUGUUUUGUUUUGUUUUUUUCUGAGACGGAGUUUUGCUCUUGCACCCAGGCUGGAGUGCAAUGGUGCGAUCUCAGCUCACCGUAACCUCUGCCUUCUGGGUUCAGGCAAUUCUCCUGCCUCAGCUUCCUGAGUAGCUGGGAUUAUAGGCACGCACCACCAUGCCCAGCUAAUUUUUUGUAUUUUUAGUAGAGACGGGGUUUCACCAUGUUGACCAGGAUGGUCUCAAUCUUGACCUCGUGAUCCACCCGCCUCGGCCUCCCAAAGUGCUGGGAUUACAGGCUUGAGCCACUGCGCCUGGCCUGUUUUUCUGGUUUUUUUUGAGACGGAGUCUUGCUCUGUCACCCAGGCUGGAGUGCAGCAGGGCAAUCUUGGCUCACUGCAACCUCCGCCUCCAGAGUUCAAGCGAUUCUCCUCUUCUCAGCCUCCUGAGUAGUUGGGACUACAGGCACAUGCCACCAGACCAGGCUAAUUUUUGUAUUUUUAGUAGAGAUGGGGUUUCACCAUAUUGGUCAGACUUGUCUUGAAUUCCUGACCUUGUGAUCUGCCUGCCUCGGCCUCCCAAAGUGUUCGGAUUACAGGUGUGAGCCACCAUGUUCAGCGCAGUCAUCUUUUCUUAAUGGGGCUGACAGGUGUAUCGGGGAGAGGGUCAAAGAGUGUGUGUGUGUGUGUGCAGGAAGUAAAAAUUGCCUUGCUGAGAGAUCCUUUGUGUCAGUGCUAAUUUUUCUUUGCAGCACUGAGCAUCUGUUUCCAACAUGAAAUGUUCAGAGCUCAUCUGAACUCCUGUCCCCCUUGAAUGGGGUACCCAGAAGCCAGGAGAGCCAGGCUAGGAGCAUGUGAUUUCCUAAAUGGAAGCCCCAUUAAGAAAGGUCAUAGAGAAUGACCAAAAGAUUCCAAAUCCAGUAUUAGGUCCCCAGGCCACACACACAGGACUGUGGAGCCUGUGUCUGAAAUCCAGAUAGCUGGGAUUCAGAGAACCAGUGGCUCAGGUGUCAGGCAAGAAGUGGACUUCAGGAUCUGCAGCCCUGGGCUCCCAGGAGAACUCUGCCAGACUGCCUGAACUUGGACAAGUCAUUUAAUCCCCGAGAAUCUCAGGUCCUCCUUUGGAGAAGGGGAACCAAAAUUAUACCCUGCUCCCAGAGUUACUGUGGGGAUUCAGUGUAUAGGGAAGCCCAUUACAGCCUAGAGCCCUAAUUAUUAAUAGGUGUGUGUGAGAGAGAGGACUCAUUAUUACUAGGUGAGAGAGACAGAGCUGGGAUCACCUACCUGUGCAUGGGGGAGGAACACCCCUGUAUCAGCGACGUGGGAAAAACACGUGGAGCGCCCACCGAGCUGUGUGCAUGCGUGGAACAGGAGCGCUUACUGUACUCGGUGCCUCUGCCAGCGCUCCCCGCGGCCCGCCCUCCCCACAGAGCCGCGGACUUGAAGCUUCACACCUUUAUUGCACCCGUGGGCGUCAGGGGCCUCAGGAGCUUUCGUAACCAGUGGGCAGAGGGUUGACGUGGGAAUUGUGGAACAGAGUGUGGUUGCCGUCCCCCCAGGGGAAGCGCUGCGGAGAAAGCGGAAGAGGGAGGGCGCGUAAGCGCCCUGAGUCCGGCUCCGCCCCUCCCGCGCCCUCCCCCGUCCCAGUGCGCCCGUCCCUCGCCUCUACCCACGCGCCAGUCCCGCGCCCCCCGCGCGCCCGUCCCGCGUACCUUAGUGCGGAUGCGGAGGUGGGGGUAAGCAAUGAACUCGGGGCGCGGGCGGUGGCCUGAAUGGAGAUAGGCGUUGAGGGUGCAGAGGGCCACGCUCGGCAGCGCCAGCACGAAGGUCAGCAGGCGCCAGGUGCGAGCUGCGGGCGGAGCGAAGUGAAUGCGGCGGGCCUGGGGGGGCGGGCCCGGGAACAGGUGGGCAGGGUCGGGGAGCCCCGGCAUCCGCCCGCUCCCCACUCACCUCCUGUCCCUCCGUGGCCUUCUUUGGCAGCGCUGGCCAAGCCCCGGCUCAGGGGCCUCAGCGGCAAAGCCAUGGCGGUGUGGGGAGCCGGGAACCAGUACUGUCCUGGCUCUCCUUCCUGGGGCCUGGGGUCUCCUCCCGUCUCUGGCCAAUCACCUGUUGAGUGUGGAGUACAGGCGGCUAUUUUUAGGGGUUUCUAUAUUUAAAAUGGGGCCUGACUGGCUUGAGGGUGUCUCCAGACAGCUGUUGUCCUGUGCCUCUUAUUUUGGCAAGGGGGCAUUUAAAGUACAAUGCCAUUCUUUUUAUAUAGUUGCAGGGAAAAUAUUUUGUUCCCUAUUCUAUGCCUCGUGGCUGGCACACAGCCUUUAAUAAAUAUUUGUAGAAUGAAUAAAAUUGUCUUUUUGGGUCUCAGUUUUUUCAGCUGUAAAAUGUAUAAUAAUUCAUACCUUAAAAGAAUUUUUAAAUAAUAGAGACGGGGAUCUCACUGUGUUGUCCAGGGUGGUCUGGAACUCUUGGGCUCAUGUGAUCCUCCCACCUCAGCCUCCCACAGUGCUGGGAUUAUAGGCAUGAGCCACCACGACCGGCCCUUAAAUGAUUUUUAUGAAGUUUAUGUAAGGUAGGAAUGUGUCAACCUAGAUUUUGGCAGGUAAUACUCGUUCAGUUUAUGUAGUCACAGUUCUUUGUAAAGAACAGAACUCACUCUCACUAAUUUUAAAAGAUAAUUGAGCAUCUCAGGUAGCUCACUAUGUCUAGUAUGGCCAGAGAGGCCUAUAGUCUGCACAGUCAGAAACAGGUCAUUCUGUUGACCAGCUGCAGUGACACCCCCACAGCUCACACUGCUGGACCCUCAAUGCCGAAAACUUCAUUAAUGCUGCCCUGGAAAGCCAGAGUCUUCCACCCUCAUCCCCAUGAAACCUAUAUCCUGGGUCACUCUCCUCUGAGUCAUGUGAUUGCACCCACUGGCAACCCCUAGGUGCCCAAGCUGCAGGAGGGGCUGGGAAACUGAGCUCUGGAUUCUGCCUUAGGGAGGCAGGACUUGUAGGGAAAAUCCCCAGGUCUAGGAUGAAUAUUCAAAAGACUGAGCAGCCACAAGCCUGACAGGUGUCUACUGCAAAGUGCAUUCUCUCGAUCUGAAAACUAUGACUGCUUGGAGAAAGUGAGCCUAGAAAGGGCCGGUAUGAGCCCUCUAUCAAAGCAGGUCAUGAGAAAGCCACAAGACCAGGCAAGGAUGACAUGUGCCUGUUCUGCCCUCAGCACCCGGCAUGGACCUUGGCAUGAAGUAGGUGUUCUAAAAAUAAGUAUGUAAUGAAUGCUUGAAUGUUGUUCCUUUGGUUAACCCUAUAGCAAUGCCUUUUCAGAAUUAUAAUCCAAUAGGUACUUCCAGGUUUUAUCAAGGGUUUAUGUAUCUAGUAUGAACUUAAUAUACAAAAGAAAAAUGAAUUAUGGAGGCAUAUAAUCUGAAUUUAAUUUAUAUAAGAAAAACAAGGAAGGUACAUUUUCAAGAAGGGUCCCUAUACCUGUUUCUCCGCGGCAAUAAACUGAACACUAGGUUCCACCCAACUUUUUUUUUUUUUUUUUUUUUUUUUUUAAGAUGGAGUUUCGCUCUUGUUACCCAGGCUGGAGUGCAACCUCCGCCUCCUGGGUUCAGGCAAUUCUCCUGCCUCAGCCUCCCAAGUAGGUUCCACCCAACUUUAAGCUGCUGCUUCUACUUUUAAAAAAACUAACCUCCUUGAGCAGUCAAUUGUUAUACAGUGUUGCAAAAUUAUUCCCUCACAGUUGUUUUUCCCAGUUGGACUUUGGCAUUGUUGCAGAGAAGAUGGGGCCCUAUUCCAGUAAGAUAUCUGGCAUCUCCCUCCACACAUAGCCCCCUCCCUACCUAUAUAAGAUAAUGGCGCCUGGAGAAAACAGAAAUGAAGACAGAUACUUUUAUUUCAAAAAAUUCUAGUGAGAUGUGGUGGCUCACAGUUGUAAUCCCAGCACUUUGAGGGGCCCAGGCAGGAGGACUGCUUGAGAUCAGGAGUUUGAGAUCAGCCUGGGCAAUGUAGUGAGGCACCAUCUCUUUAAAAAAAAUUAGCUGGGUGUGGUGGUACAUACCUGUAGUUCCAGCUAUUUGGGAGGCUGAGGCAGGAGGACUGCUUGAGCCCAGGAGGAGGUUGCAAUGAGCUGUGAUUGUACCACUGUACUCCAGCUUGGGUGACAGAGCAAGACUGUCUCAAAAAAAAAAAAAAAAAAAAAAGAGGAAAAGGUUCUAGACUUCUUUUCUUUCCUAAAAUGGCCCCUCAGAGUUUUGCUGGUCGUUGCCAAACAAUUCCCUGGAAAUUCCCAUUCCUUUGUUCUCAGCUUGGGACCUCUCACGGAGUUUUCUUGCUGGGACAUGGAAAACGGCCUGAGGGCUGUUGUAGCAAGAGCUGCGGGGAACAAACUUCUCCAACACCUAAUACCGAACUUCGAAAAGAAGUGGCUUUUUAUUUGGCCAGGAGCUGUGGGAGGUCUACAGCCUCAUUCACUGAGCUCCCUGAGCUGCAGCUUCUCACCCUUUUUAUAGGCUUAUAACGCUAAAGGGGAAGCUGAGGCAGAACUAUGUCAUUGUCAUUUGCUGGACGUCUGACUUUACAAUCUUUUGGCUUCACUGAUUUGCUAAUUCAGCAAGGGAGGGGGGCUUACAGAGACAAAAGCAACAAGCUGUUUGUUGGCAGAGGUGUUUCCAGGAGGGCUCCUGGUCUGUGGAGAUGUGGGGGCAUGAACCAGUGCUGGGCUUCAGCUAGCAGAGAUAUCAUUCAUUUGCAGCUCUUUCAAGGUUAACAGGUAGCAGAGAUGCUUGGAACUAAAGAGGGAGUCAUUUUUCCAGCUCUUUGGUAUUUUUUUUUUUUUUUUGCUUCUUCUUCACUCUCCUUUCCAUCUGGAAGUGGGGGAGGGAGGAGGUGAAAUUGAAGGAUGCGAGAGGCUCUCUCCUCUCACUGUCACCAUCACAAGGUGCACUUGCCCAGGUACCCAGAGACUGCCAGUUAGGUGGUCUGUGCUUUUCUGGGCCCAUCACCGUCCUACCUCUCUACUCUCUAGAGGGCAUGCAGAGCUGUCUCUUCCAGGCUGUGUACUCACCAUUGUUUCAGUAAGUUCUCACUCAUGCAGUUCAUUAACCCGGCUGCUGCCAACGCUUUCAGUUUCUAGAUGUUUAAUUUUUUCUCUGCUUUAGGCAGAGGGAAGAACAAACUCACCAGGUGCUAAAUAAACCCCAGAGGGAAGCAACUCAGCCUCUUUUCAGAUGUAUCUCAGCUGUUGGUGUAGGAGGUGGAGGCAUGACUCAGGGUCAGUUUCUCCACAUUUUCUAAAGCAAAGAUCAACUACAACAUGUGAUCCACUAAGUAUAAAUGUUUAUGGGGGCCCUAGGGACAGUGUGUUUGAAAUUGGAAUUGUCCUGGAAAAAGGACUGUAUGGUGAUACAGGACAUGGGUUAGCUAGAACAAACAGGUAGAGUUGCAGCUCAGAUGGCAUCAAGGUGGGGCCCAGGGGCAUAGUAACUAGUCUGGAGCUUGCGCUCCUCUGCCCCUGGGAGGGGCCAGUGGCUUGUAUAGUGGAUGUCUACGGUUUUGUGUCAUAUGCCCAAUAUAUAUGUCUUUUUUUUUUUCUGAUACUGACAUAACCCCCUACCCUCCUUUUUCUCAGUUCACAAGUUCAAGUGGGGUUGACUUCCUCCUCUAGCUCCAAGAAGGGCCACAUGACCCAGGCCUAGCCAAUCAGAGUAUCCUAUUCUCCAGGCCAUAGUGAUUUUUUUUUUUUUUUUUUUUUUU